AGUAGCACCUUAGUUGCGGUUCAACUGGCGAGCGGACGUGUAGGAAAACGCGGAAAAUCGCAAGAGUGCAAGUAUUGCGGAAGUGCAAAGUGAAAGUGGCAAUUUUUAUUUAAUUAAAAAUAUAUAUACUUUUAAAGAAUCUUUAUAAUAUUAUUGGUAUAGUGUUAGCUGAUUCUAUAACCAAAAGACAAACGUUGCACAAUAACCGGAAGUCUCUAGAAAUUCAUUUAAAACCCGUUGCAACUCAAAGGCGAAUCGAGCGGAAAAACAUGAAUUGGUUAGCAUUGAUAAUUUCCAUUUCGGCGACAAUUAAUAUAGCGCUCGGCUGUAGCCGCAUACCGCCAGGCACAACAACGCCCAAAUCGCCAGUCGACGAGAGUUUCAUGGUAUCGAUAGCCGGAAACCCGCAGUCAUAUAUACCGGGGCAGAAGUACAAUGUCACGCUCACCGCCUACAAUGAUCUGUCAUUCAUCAGUUUCAUAUUGGCUUUGGAGAGCGCCAAUGAGGCGGACGGUCAGGCGGAUUUCGGUAGAUUGGGUUAUUUCGAGAUUACCGAUUUGGCAGAGACACGUUUCAGUCCGCGUUGUCCGAAUCUGGUGGAGAACACCAACACGAAUGUGAAGACACAUGUGGUAGUAACUUGGGUGGCGCCGUCAACUACCGGUAAUGGUUGCGUGCUCAUCAAGGCCACUGUGACGCAGCACCGCGAUGUCUGGUUUAUGGAUGAUGGAUUUUUAACGAAACGCAUUUGCGAGGAAGAGGUAGAUGACGUCGAUACACAACCGACUAUAAUGGAUCCUUGCUGUGCAUGUGAUGAGGCGAAGUAUGAGCUCACUUUCGAAGGCAAGUGGUCACGUCACACGCAUCCUAAGGACUUUCCCGCCAAUAGUUGGCGCACCAGAUUUAGCGAUAUCAUUGGCGCUUCACACACUAUCGAUUAUAGGUUCUGGACUUACGGUGAGAUGGCGAGUGAGGGUCUGCGCGAAGUGGCCGAACAUGGCUCGACGCGAACGCUAGAGAGCGAGUUGAAGGAUCAGAGUGACCAAAUAAGGACUAUCAUUAAAGCGCGCGGUAUCUCCUAUCCGAAUGUGACGGGUAAAACCUUUGCAGUUUUUCGCGUGGACUCGAAACACCAUUUAAUAUCACUGGUGUCCAUGAUAGACCCAUCACCGGAUUGGAUAGUUGGCAUUUCUGGUUUAGAACUAUGCUUAGCCAACUGCACAUGGGUCGAAAAUAAGAUACAUAACCUUUAUCCAUGGGAUGCGGGCACAGAUAGCGGACCAUCCUACAUGUCCGCCGAUCAGCCGCAAGUGCCACCCGAUGUGAUACGACGCAUCAAAUCGAAUUUUCCAAAUGAUCCACGCUCACCCUUCUAUGAUCCCACUGGCGCGCCUAUGAAACCGCUGGCUACGCUGCAUAUAAAUCGGCGUAGAUUGUACGAGAAGACAUGUACAAAACCAGAAGAAGAUGAGUCUGAGGAAUGCGCCACUUAUCCUUGGAGUCAUUGGAGUGAGUGUAGCGCCAAAUGUGGACCAGGCACACAGCAACGUACACGCGAUUACAAGCAACCCGCAGUGGCGAGACGUUCGAAAUGUCGCAGCGCUUUACGCGAGGAGCAACCCUGUAAUGGACGCAGAUGCGGUAGUACAAAUGAAGAAAACGCAGAGGAAGGUGAGAAUCCAAGUGACGUGCAAAUUGGGCCACAUGAAAAUCCCGAAUGCGCGAUAUCAGAUUGGAGCGAAUGGUCCAGUUGUUCGGCCACUUGUGGUGCGGGCGUCAUAGUACGUACGCGUCAUUAUCUCAAUCCGCGUGCCAAAAAGAAGUGUCAGAAAGUGAGUCGGGUGCGUUUACAGGAGACGCGCAAAUGCGAAGGCCCUGAAUGUGGUGGCGAUCUGGGUAAUGGUGGCGCUGAAGCUGAGCCGAACGGUGAAGGUGAUGAAACUCCAGCCGAAGAAGGCAAUGCUGUCGAGAAUGAGUUGAGCGAAGGCACAAGUUCAUUUUAUGGCGAUAACAACAAUGGUUUUCGAAAAUUCAAAAGUUAUAGUCAGAAACGUGAGGACUACAUACCGCCAGAAUGCGGCGUGUCACCGUGGUCUGACUUCUCGCCAUGCAUAGGUCCUUGCGGCAGCGUUGGUUAUCGUCAAAGACAACGUAAAAUCUGGAAUAAUGAUGAGGUUUAUGGCGUGGUGAAUCCCAAAUCGGAUGGUACCAAUCCGUGUCGCCAUAUUAAACGUGAGGAAAUCGUUAAUUGUACAAACCCCGCUUGCGAUACUAUCGUGCCACACUUUUGUUAUGCCAGUCUCAAAAUUAGUCCAUGUCGUGAUGGCGAUGUUACCAACUAUUGGUACUACGAUUAUCCCACCGAUCAAUGCGCGCUGUACUGGGCUGAUAAAUGCGAUAAGAAUCAAAAUAAGUUUCCCUCGAAGGAGGUGUGCGAGGAAACCUGUCGGCAACCACGUCAAAAAUUGGAUUUGCAAAGUGAAAGUUUACGCUUGGAGCAACAACCCGUCGAUUGUAUCGUUUCCGAAUGGGAUGCGCGUUCAUGCAAUGUGACCUGUGGCGAGGGUAUGUUAAUAAAAACGCGACGCGUACUGCGACGCGCUAAAUACGGUGGCAAACCGUGUCCCAAACAUUUGGUACGCCUGGAGAAAUGCUAUCAAAGCUGCGAUGAAGUCUACACAAUUAGUGGCGGCAUUAAUUUCGGUGGCAACACUGGCGAAUCCAGCGACUAUGACGUUGUAAACCGCAAUCGUGGCAGUUAUGUGAGCGCACGACAGCUGCCGAAGAAAGACGAUUGUCGUUACUCUGAGUGGUCGGUUUGGACGCCAUGCACAGCGAGUUGCGGCGACAAUUCCAUGCGUCAGCAGACAAGAACUCUGCUCAACACCGAACUCAGCUACAAAUGUAAGGAUCGUGUGCGUGUGGAAAAAUGUACCGUGAUGCCGUGUCUCUUGGAGAGUAACGAUCAGGAUAGUGAGUGCACAUUAGUUUCGAUGCUUGACAUAUGGGUUCCUCAUGCACUUACAGAACAAAAUUUGCUGCGUCUCAUUAACGACUGUGAUUUGCUCACCAAACAUCAAAGUGAUCCACUUUUGAAGCACAGUAUUACUUACAAUGCAAGACCGCAAGGUGCCACCGGUGAACGCUCCGCGGUCGAUGAGAACUUUCAAGUGUUGAUCCAAGGCAAUCCAAAGACCUUCAUACCAGGACAGACUUAUAAUAUAAGCUUAUCUGUUGACAUCGCGUUCAAUUUUCUCAGCUUCACGCUGGUUGUGGAGAGUGAAGAUGAUAAUAUAAGCCCUACGCCCGACACGAUCGGCUACUUUGAGAUCAUCGACAAGGCCGAGACGCGUUUCAGUACGCUGUGCGAGAAUAUGAUCGAAAGUACAAAUGCGAAUACAAAAGUACGUGUCAGUGUUGGUUGGGUGGCGCCAAACGGCGGUUGUGUACUCAUCAAGGCGGCGGUGCUGCAACAUCGCAGUGUGUGGUAUAUGGACGACGGUUUCCUUACGAAACGCAUUUGUGCGGAAGAGAUUGACGAAGUCAACAGUCAAACGCCGGCAUUGGAUGUGUGUUGCGCGUGUGAUGAGGCAAAAUACGAGCUGAUUGUGGAGCGUAAAUGGAGCCGCAAUACACAUCCACAUGAUUUCCCGAAAGAACCUUGGCGCACACGCUUCAGUGAGCUCAUUGGUGCAUCGCAUACGCCAGACUACCGUUUCUGGCAAUAUGGUAAGUACGCGAGCCCUGGUCUACAAGAGAUGGCAGAACAUGGCGCCACACUGCAGUUGGAAAGGGAAAUCAAGUCCGGCGAUGUACGCACGAUCAUCAAGGCACCGGGCAUUAUAUAUCGCGAAAAUACUGUCAGCACCACGCUAGCUAAUGUGCGCGUCGACCGACAACACCAUGUCAUUUCGUUGGUGUCGAAAAUUGAACCUUCGCCGGACUGGAUUUUAGGCGUUGCCGGUUUGGAGUUGUGCUUGGAGAAUUGCACUUGGGUUAAUGAGAAAGUGUUAAAUUUAUACCCUUGGGAUAUUGGCACCGAUGCUGGUCCAUCUUAUAUGUCGGCAGAUCAGCAGCAAAAACCGCCAGACGUGGUGCGUCGCAUAACUUCCACCUCACCGAAUGAUCAGCGCUCGCCAUUUUAUGAGGAGACUGGCAAGCCAAUGCAAGCGCUGGCUACUUUGUAUGUGCGCCGCAAGAAGUUAUACGAACGCGAAUGUGAUUCGGGUGAAGUAAUGCCAUUAGAAUGUGCAACACACCCAUGGACCGCUUGGAGUGAGUGUACAACACGUUGCGGUCCCGGUAAACAAUACCGUACGCGCGCAUAUAAAGAUCCCGUCUUGGCGGCAAGCUUCAGUUGUAAGGUAGAGCUGGAGCAAGCACAAAGGUGUGUUGGCGAACAAUGCCGUGUAGCCGACGUAGAGCUAGAGCCUGAUGAUGGUGAAGCUGCCGGUUGCGAAUUGACGCAUUGGUCGGCAUGGAGCGUAUGUUCAAGGCGGUGUGGACGUGGGUACAUGACACGUAGCCGUGAGUAUGUCAAUCCGUAUGAACGCGAACAAUGCUUGAACGACAACCCUGUAGAGCUAGAGCAACGGCGAGAUUGUGAAGGUCGCGACUGUGGUACGCGGCGAACACAACAAGAUCGCGAUGAAGACGUCAAUGAAAAUAACAAUGAUAACUUAGCUGUGGAAGAUGUUGAGCGAAAUGGCGAGAAUGAUGAUAACAAAGAAGAAGAAGAAAAUGUUGAGGGCGAUAUUAACCGACUGCCACAGCCAGAAUUGUUUGGACGUCGUCGCCCGGAGUUGGCAAACAGGCGCACAAAUUCAUACUACAACGGACGCCAAACUGAUUGGGGUGACAACGACGAUUCCGAUCGGGCAGCUCAAGGUGGAGAAGAUGAUAAUAUGCAAUUUGAAGAUAACGAUAAUGCACUGAAUGCUGGCGAUGCCUACAAUCGUCCAUAUGGCAAUCGUGGUGGCUUCGUGCGUGGACGUGAACGAAAUCGUUAUAGCGGCUCUGCAACCGGCUAUGAUUCAUACGAUCGCAACAACGAGGGCGACGAUGAAGACAACAACUCUAAUUUACGUGAAGUUUACGAUGAGGAUGGACAUAAAGCUAUACUUGUGGGCGCCAGUGAUCCAAACAAUUACGAUGUGCUGCAACGAUUUUGUUUUGAAAAACCCUCUGCAAGAACAACGCGUUGUGAUCGCCUUAAUUUAGGUUUUCGUAAUUACUGGUUCUACGACGCGGACGAACGCCAAUGUCAAAUCUUUACCGCCGAUGGUUGUGAUGAAAAUAAAAAUAAAUUCAGAACACUGUCGGCAUGUGAAGGCACCUGUCUCUUGCCGCACAGUCUCUAUCUAAGUCAGCCGGAUAGGGAUGAGGAUAAUGACAACGGCUGGAGUCGGCAAUUCGGUGAGUCGGAAUCGUUGGUGAAGAAACCGAAAAAGAAGAGCGGACGCAAAAAUCGUAAACUUUUAGUGAAAAUGCUGUGGCUCCAAGCCAUUUACGUACUGUUACUUAUAGCCGUCAGGCAGUCAGUGGCGAUAAUAUGUAGCCGUUAUCCGACAAAUACAAAUAACGACAAAAUGCCGGUAGAUGAGAAUUUUUUAGUCACAAUUAGUGACAAUCCGCAAACCUAUAUUUUGGGACAAUCAUAUAACGUCACAAUCCAAGCCUACAGUGAUCUGCGUUUCAUUAGUUUCAAGCUUGCGCUAGAGAGUAAAGAUGGCAAGCCAGGUUAUACACAAGAUCUUGGACACUUUGAACUGAUAGAUCCGGUGGAGACACGCUACAGUCCCAAUUGUAUAAAUAUGGUGGAGAGUACAAAUACGAAUCCGAAGGCGCGCAUCGAUGUUAUGUGGGUGGCGCCGGAUAAACCAGGCAGCGGUUGUAUACUCAUACGCACCACACUGUUGCAACAUCGUGAAGUUUGGCACAUGGACGAUGGCGGCCUAACGCGCCAGAUUUGUGAGGAAAGCACAGACGAAGUGGAAAGUGCGCCGCUGAGUGAGAAUCAAAAUAAAUGUUGCGCUUGCGACGAGGCACGCUAUGAGCUCACUUUCAAAGGCACUUGGUCGCGCAAUCAUCAUCCGAAAGACUUCCCUUCAAAAGGUUGGAUAACACGUUUCAGUGACAUUAUAGGCUCAUCGCAUAUGGAGGACUAUCGCUUUUGGGAAUAUGGGCAACUGGCCAGUCAAGGUAUGAAAGAGUUUGCGGAGCAUGGUGCGGCGCAAACAUUGGAGCGCGAGUUCAGUUAUAACUUUAAGAAAGGCAAAAUACGCACCAUUAUUAAGGCGCGUGGUCCGGCUUUUCCCAACCUGAACGGACAAUCUAUGGCUUCCAUACGUGCCGAUCCGCAACAUCAUCUGCUGUCAUUAGCUUCCAAAAUAGAUCCAUCACCCGAUUGGAUUGUCGGUGUCUCUGGCUUAGAGCUCUGCAUGAGCAAUUGUACGUGGCUUGAACAGAAAACUGUAACAUUAUAUCCGUGGGAUAUCGGCACCGAUGCGGGACCUUCUUAUACGUCGCCAGAUCAGCCACAAAUUCCGGCCGCGGUUAUACAACGUAUACGCUCCGAUUUGCCAAAUGAUCCGCGCUCGCCAUUUUUCGACGAGAAUGGCGGAAAAAUUAAACCCUUAGCAAUAUUAGAGAUUAAACGUCAACGACUUUAUGAACGUUUGUGUGAGGAUGAAGAAUCCAAUAAUCUGGACGUGCCGCGCGAAUGUUUCACACACCCUUGGACUGCAUGGACCGAGUGCACAUCUAAAUGCGGAGAGGGUCGGCAAUUUCGUACGCGCGUUUACAAACAGCCGGAUUUGGCCAAAAUUUUCAAGUGUGAGGUGGAGACACGACAAGAUCGCACAUGUAUGGGAGAAGAAUGUGGCAGAGCCGAAAGACGCUUAAAUCGAAUGCGAGACCGCGAUAGGUAUGGCGAAUAUGACUUUGAAAAAGUAGAGAAAGAAGAGGAGUUAGAUGGAGGCAACGAUGAGGCAAAAGGCGAAGCGGAAGAGGAGGAAAAUGAAGGUGACACUGAAGCUGAGGCGGAGAACGAGGAUGAACAGGAUGAUGAGAAAACAGCUGAAAAUGAAAAUGAAGUGGAGGAAGCACAAGAAAAACCACAACGACCAGGAUUUAGUAACAGGCAACAAAGUCGUGGGCGUAAUCGUUACGGCUACAUGAGACCCAUCAAUGCAGAGGAACAAGAAAGUGAAAAUAAUGACGAGAAUGAGGAGGGCGAAGAAGCGCAAGAAGAAGAGGAUGAAGCAGAAGGCGAGAAAGAUGCAGAUGCUGAUGAAGAAGAUGAAGAUGCUAAUAAGGAAGCGAAUACUUAUGGCAAUCGUUAUGGUUACAACAACCGUUAUAAUGUAGGAGGACGCCGUAAAGGUGCUUCUAGUGAAUUUCGUACAGUUGACGAAGUUGAACCUAAUGAAGAUGAAAAUACUGGCAACCGAACGCCAGGUCGAUUUAGUAACAGUAAUCGCUACAGUGGCGGUGGCAACCGACCAAAUCAGGAAAUAGAUGAAGAGGAUGAUGAAGAUGAAGAUGAAGACGAAGAGGAGGAGCAGGAGCAAGUGGAAGAAGAUUAUUUUGGCAGAUCGAAAGGGCGUGGCAGCAACCGCCGUCCUAAUGCACGCCGAAAUCCGGUUGAUGACGAGGAGCCUGACAAUAAGCAGUCCAAAAUACCAUAUUAUUGCCUUCAAUCGAUCAAAGUGUAUAACUGUAAAGAAAAAAUAGCCUUGAAAAACUACUGGUUCUACAGUUAUUGCGAGGACAUGUGCAUGCUCUUUACCGCGGAUAAGUGUGAUAGGAAUAAAAAUAAAUUCACCACCUUAGAAGCGUGUGAGGAGACGUGUCGGCCGCCGAGAACUCAAUUCUUAUUGCGUCGCAAGCAAAAACAGAGCUGUUACCAGCCAAACGCGUUGAAACAAAAAUCUAGAUAUUUAGGUAUUACUUAAGACAUGAUUGUUUCAAUUUGUUUUAGUUGUAAGAAUUUUUGUUUUUGAUACAUUAGCUAAUUUUCAAAUUGAUUAUUUUUCGAAUAUUUAUAUUUCGUAAAUAUUUAACAUAAUUAACGGCAGUCACGGACGUGUGCCAAAAACCGAAAA